AUGCCCUCGUCCACAGUUUUCUCAUACUGGCGGCGCGACCAUCGCCGCUCAACCGCGCCGCCAACUCCUCUACCAGCUCCGUCACCAACCCCUCUUAGCGCAGGAGAAAGCCCACUCAGUCCUCCCCAGCUCCCCGAAAUCCCUGAUACUCCUACCUUCACGAGCGCAUUCGGCAGCAACCCUUCAUACGAUGCCCCGCCCUGGAGUGAUUCGCCAUUGGAGAAUGAUGCUGCAAAGCUAAACUUUACCUCCACCACCGCGCCACUUUCUUCCUCCAUUAGUCUCGCUGUUCCGUCACCGUCAGUCGAGAGAGAAAAUCGCCCCCACUCGAGUCCUGAAGAGCUUGACCCCGAAUCAAUUUUUACGUCACAGGCCAACGAUUCACAAUCUGAGGUGUCAGGAUCGCGGGUGGACCAGGGUGAUGCAGAUGCGAAUUUCAAGCCUACCUCUCCAUUCCGCCUUUCCAUCGGGAAAGGACUGCGAAACUUUCAGGCACCUGCCGCUGAUAAUCAGAAGCGGUCCUCCACGGUGGGACUGGGGGCGAGCCAGUUUCGAUUGAAAACUUCGCCCGAGGAUGUGCUGGUGGAAAGGCCAAAUACAUUACAGAGGGAAGUCAGGCAGGAUGGUGCUCUGUUGAGGCGAACUGCGGACCGCGAAGUUGCGGUCGAGCAUGCACACCACAAAUCGGGCAAGGCAAUGCUCCAUCUUUUGAACCCGAUGUCGCUUCUUGCGCGUCGUCGUUCUUCACAGAUUGGCAGCUCUCGCAUUGAGGAUGCCAAGCUUAACGCACCCAAUAUGAUACCUGCUAUCCCGGAUGACUAUGAUCCCCGAAUUCGUGGAAAGAUUAUACAUGAUUUCUCUGCUCCUCGGGCUCGACGAAAUGUCUCAGGCAACUCGACUACGGCCGAUGGAAAGAGCCCCAAUCAACAGGAUCCAUCGCUACAAAGUCCUGCUAGUCCCUGGAAUGACAGGUCGAGGCGACACAGCGAUCACUCCCCUGUGUUCAAGGAGCAUUUUGAAGAAGAUCAGAAUGUGCUCCAUAUUGAGAACAAGGGUUAUCUCCAGUCAUCGCUAUUGACGAGUCCAGCUCAACCGGGAUACGAGAGAUCAAUCCCGGUUUUUGCGCGAAAGUUUCCUUCUACGGCUCCGGAACAAAGCCCAGAAAUCGGGGAUAAUUAUGAAAAUCUCCCAGCAGAACUCCCAGGAGAUGGCCCUGUGGAGCUUCCUGCAGAGGUCCCGCCAGAAUAUACGACACAUCCACCAAAAGCAAGCCCACCUGCAAGUCAAAAGGAUCAAGAUAUAAUUCCUAAGGUUCACCCUGCAGGUUUGCCCAAGCAUCUCAAAAGCAAUGCUUCUUCAAGGUUCAGCUUCGACAUGGGAGGUGUUGAAUCUUCCGUACAGGAGAAGCUCCUCGAAGAAAAGCACAAGGCGAAAGAGGCUGCACGCAAACUGGAUGAUGGAUACUUUGACGACUUUGAUGAUGAAUUCGAUCAUGACAUGAUGGAUGACAUGGAUGGCCUUGAAGAAGAGAUCCCGGAAAUCAGCGCUGACUAUGACGAAGACUACAUGCCUCCUGUUCCUCAGUAUAUAAAUGGUGAUCUCAAAUCUUGGGCCGCGCCUGGGCUUUCGCCUGUAGUUGCGAGCCCGAUUACACCUGCGCCGCCCUCUGAAAUUCCCACCAACCCAUAUUUUGAUGAAGAUCAAAUGUUGCAAGAAGAGAACCAUGAAUCUCAAGGCCGACCCAUGAUGGAGAAUACUCGGCAAUUCUCAGAUGACCAAAUGCAAACAAUCGCUGAUGAUGACGACCUGUACUUCGAUGAUGGUGAAUUUGGGGAUCUUGACGCUGACGACCAGGAUGGCGGUUUCGAUGAGUCUAUCUUCGAUGACGAAAGUAGUCAUUUAUAUGAAAGGAAAAUGGUCAAUAAGGAGGCCACUCAGGAAUCUCAAGAUGCCAUCUCCGAAGAAGAUGAGCGCCCGGAGAAUGACUUGUUACUUGAAGAAGAUGCCAUUCAAGGCCUUAAGCACAUGCCCAGCGUGGCAAGUGAAUACCAGAUGGGCCCCAUUAAGCGUGGGCCGCUUGGUGAACCAAUACCUAACAUGGGACCUGCUCGGGCUCAUGGUGGUGUUCUCACGGAGCAAAACCUGGAGGUAUUACACAAUGCUCUGGAAUUUGCAGCAAAUGAAGCAGUGACCCAAGGUCAAUUCGGGCGCACAUUCAGCACAAGUGAGAGGUCUGCAGGACAAGACAGUAUACCGCAAACAUCGCAUACUGGUGAUUCGCAGCCAGGCCUAGUUUCGGACGACAGCCGACUCAGCCAAGCAGCGGAAAUGAUGGGCUUCGAUGAUGUCUUCGAUGAUAAUAUUUAUAAUGACGAUGCGUACUACGAUGAUCCGAUCGUUGCUGCAGCCAAUGCCGAAGCGCUAGAAAACGAUGAUGAGGGCUUCUACGGCCAAGAAUUUGGCUUUUAUGCUCAGGCGCAUGGCACUUCUGAACUUACGAACGGGGGUUAUUUUGGCCCUCGAGGAGUUGAGGGCAUCAGCCGCAGCUUUAGCAGCCGUGGAAAAUUUCAGGAACCCAGCUUGACCCCGAUCACUGAACGCAGUGAAUGGAGCACUCGCAACUCUCUCAUCUCGUUGAAGGCACACGGGGCCGCCCAUUCAAACCCAUCGCUUGCCAGCCCGGGCUUGGCCCAGCUAGUCGACAUGGGUAACUUGGACGACGAGAUGACACUGAGCGCUCUUCUGAAGCUGCGACGUGGUGCCUGGGGUGGAAGCAAUGGUAGUCUUCGCAGCAGUGCUGGAAGUCCACCCCCUCAUACUCUCACGUCUUCACACCGCGGCAGCUUUGCCGGAGCCUCCGAAGCUGCCAGUCCUUCAGAGGCUAGACCUUUUACUGAGGAGGGUUUAGCGGGCCUGAUCGAUCACCAUGACGACCAGCUCUCAUAUAUGACUUCACCGCUCAAAGUCACUGGACGGCAAGAUGCCGAUCUCCCGCAUAGCGGACUUGACGGCCCGAUCUACGCUGAUGUCGAGGAAGAAUUGCCGAAUUCCGGCACUCAGCGCCUCAACGUCUUGUAA